GCGCGGCCGUGGCCGUGGCCGUGGCCGUGGCCGUCGAACACUCUACUCUAAUCCAGCAGUCAAAAAGCGGCGGCGGCAGCAGCGUAGCACCCAAGUUACCUCCGCUCCACCAAUCCCCAAGUACUCACUUGCCGGCGAUGUCGGCGGCGCCCCCGCCGCCCCCGGAAUCCACCGGCGGCAGCGACAAGGUCCUCGCCGCCGCGCAGCAUAUCGUCAAGUCCCUGGCCACCUCCAAGAACGCCGCCGACGACAUGAUCCGCAUCCUCUCCGGCUUCGACAACCGCCUCUCCUCCAUCACCACCGACCUGUUCCCCUCCCCCGACCUCUCCUCCACCGAAUCGUCAGAGAUCUCCUCUGCCGCCGCCUUCGACGCCGCCGAGCAGCUCAUCCAGCUCUGGGACGCAACACCUGAGGCCCUCGUCUUCGAGGCCCCCGAGGACGAUGUCGCGCAGUACCUCGCCGCCGUCGAUGUCGCCACAGAGCACCUCGCGCGUGGCGCCUCCGGCGCCGGCCGCGCUGGAGUCGCCGUCCAGCUCGCCAUGGCGCGUCUCGAAGAGGAGCUCCGCCAUCACAUGGUCCGCCACGCCGUGCCCUUGGACCCCACUGGCCUCUGCUUCUCGCACCGCCGCUUCUCGCUCGGAUCCUUCGAGGACCUCGAUACCUCCACCGAGUUUGACGCCGCCACGCCGCACAGCCUCGACGCCACACCGGAGACCGCGCGCGGGGGCCCCCUGGGGCUGGGGAACCCGUUUGACGACCACGUGUUCGAUCCCGUCCGCCCCGAGGCCGUGGACGAUCUGCGCGCCAUCGCCGACCGGAUGGCGUGUGCAGGGUACGGGCGUGAGCUUGCUGAUGCCUACUGCAGCAUCCGGCGCGACCUGCAAGACGAGUACCUCUCCGUGCUGGGCGUCGAGCGCCUCAGCAUUGACGAGGUGCAGCGCGUGGAGUGGAAGCAGCUCAACGACAAGAUGAAGAAGUGGGUGCAAGGGGUUAAGACGGUCGUGCGUGUGCUGCUUGCUGGCGAGCGCCGCCUCUGCGACCAGGUGCUCGCUGUGUCCGACCAACUCAAGGAGGAGUGCUUCCUUGAAUCCACCAAAGGAUGUAUAAUGCAGAUUCUUAACUUUGGGGAGGCUGUGGCUGUGUGCCCCCGCUCGCCAGAGAAGCUCUCGCGGAUUCUUGACAUGUAUGAGGCACUUGCUGAGGUAAUCCCUGAAAUGAAGGAUCUGUGUCUCGGAAGUUCUGGUGAUGGUGUAAUCAGUGAUGUUCAAGCAAUUCUUGAUAGGCUUGGGGAUGCUGUAAGGGGUACCCUUUUCGAGUUUGGGAAGGUUUUACAGAAGGAGUCAUCGCGGAGGGCAAUGAUUGCUGGGGAAAUCCACCCAAUGACUCGCUAUGUCAUGAACUAUUUGAGGUUGUUGGUCGUUUAUAGCACGACACUUGAUCUCCUCUUGGAUGAUGGUGCCGACAAUCACCCUUCUGUGGAAAGACCUGAAGAUCAGGAUCAUGAUCCAGAACACUUAGAGAGCAUGACCCCUCUUGGAAGGCGCCUUUUGAAGCUCAUGUGUUACCUGGAGGCCAAUUUGGAGGACAAAUCUAAACUUUAUGAAGAUGCUGCCCUGGAGUGCAUAUUUUCCAUGAACAAUUUGCUCUACAUUGUUCAGAAGGUGAAGGAUUCCGAGCUUGGGAAGAUUUUAGGCGAUCACUGGGUAAGAAGGCGCAGUGGCAAGAUUCGGCAGUAUUCAAAGAGCUACCUACGGAUUUCAUGGACCAAGACUUUGUCUUAUCUGAGGGAUGAUGUACAUGGGAGUGGAAGUGGGAGUGGCAGUGGCAGUGGCAGUGGCAGUGGCAGUGGGCAUUCAAGUUCUAGGAUGUCCAUCAAGGAGAAGUUCAAGAAUUUCAACUUGGCCUUUGAGGAAAUUUACAGGAACCAGACAAUCUGGAAAGUUCCAGAUCCCCAGCUCCGAGAGGAGCUUAAGAUAUCUAUAUCCGAAAAUGUGAUUCCAGCAUAUCGUGCUUUUUUAGGAAGAUAUGGUAGUCAAGUGGAUGGCGGAAGAAGCUCGGGAAAAUAUAUAAAAUAUACCCCAGAGGACUUGGAGGGUCAACUUUCUGAUUUAUUUGAAGGUUCACCAGGGUCUGCCAAUCACUCUAGGCGAAGAACAUAGCUCAUAGUUGACAGGUUCCAGUUUCAGGUAUGUCUUGCUGAAGUGAUCUUCUAUUGUUGAAUUGCCAUAUACUCAUGACAUCUGUUAAAUGGGUAUUUGUUCCUUCAGCAGCUGGUACAAUACUAUAAUCCAAACAAGGAUCUUUUGUGUGUCUACUGUUGGUAUGCACUAAGAAAUUGUGUAUAUGGAUUGAUUCUAAGUGUCUAGUCUCCUU